CAAGCCCUGCCUAAGACCAUCGGAAAUAUGUGUUUUCCAAUGGUCUUAGGCGACCCCUGUGAAAGGCUCAUGUGACCCCCCAAAAGGGUCGCGACCCACAGGUUGAGAACUGCUGUUCUAGAUGAAUAAGCUUUGAUAUUACUGAUAAAUGGGCUUUAGUCUCACUAGAGCUUUAUUCAAUUAUUGCUGUAUUGGGGCAGUUGUAAUAAAUAGGCAUUAUUUCUCUGUAACAACAGUUAAGUGUCACUGUAAAACACUACUGGGAAAUUAUUGUUUAGCUAAUCUAUCAUUGCUAACAUGUUUAGGGGAAAGGAAAAAGUAUAAGAAAUAAAUCAGAAAUGGAAAACUUGUAAAUGGAAGAUGACAUUUUUGGGCUUGUAUUCUUCCCUUUGUGAGCCAAAGCAAUUAUAAAAUAAAAUAACCCAUGAAAGCACUCAACUUUUCUUAAACUUUUUAAAUCCCAAUUUUAAGUUAUUUUUCCAGAUUUAAUAAUUAACGAUUAUUACUGAAGUGAUUUGGUUGCACUUUUCAGCUAGUUGUGCAGUCUCUUAUGGCUGGCUCUAGAUUUUUUUUUUUUUCCAUUGCCUCUCUUCACUGCCCUGGAAGGUAUAAUUUUCUUAGCAACUAUAAAUUCUAAAUUGUGCACAUGCAUUCUUGAAAUAAUAUCUAUGCCUUUUCCAGAUAGAUGUGUUUAAAUACACAUUUUAGAUACAUACAGAUUUAUAGCCCUUAAUUCAGAAGUACCCUUGAAAUGUUCUACAUAAAAUACAUUAAAAUAGUAGAUAAAUGUAGGCAAGAGUUUCCAUUUUUAUGGAUUAUUAAAGUACAUUUUUAUAUUUCAACAAAGCUGACAAAUGCAAUAGUUUAGUUAAUUAAGGAGUGGUUUAAAAAUUAUAUCAUGAUUACUAUAUUUUAAACAUGAGGCAGAUAAAAAUAAUUGUCUCAAUACAAUAAUUUUAAGUCUACUUCAGUAUAACACUGUUUUUAAGUGUAAACAUGUUACACAGAUCGUUAAAAAUGUGCUUUGAUUUUAAAAAGGAAUACCAGUGUAAAAAACUAUAAUAGCUUCUGUCACUGCAGUCUAAGUAGUAUUGGAAAACAAUAGAGUUCUACAACUUAUCACUCUGGCUUUAGAGAGAUUCCUGAAAUAAUAGACAGAAGUAUCCAGAAGUCUUUGGCAUUAUUCAAGCAAGAUGAGUUGGUUACAAAUGAUUGAAGAUGUGAUCUUCAGGAAAAUAAUAAAUAAUUCAGAGUGCCCAGAAAAACUUAAAUAUGACUUUAACAAAAAUGGUGAGCUUAAGCAUGUAGAUACUAAUGAACCUUUUGUUUUUAAUUAUCAGAAUUCAUAUAAAGAUAAUCACAAACGUUACCAAAUUCUUGGACAGUUAAUAACUCAGUAUGUUUAUGAGCUCCUUGAAAAAACCUGCAGUCUGCAGAAGAUUUACAUCCCAACAUAUGUAGCAGACAGUAAAAUUUGUAGUUUCUUUUUCAUGAGUGAGAAUGCAUUGAAAAAUAGUUCAACUUUACUUGUACUUCUUCAAGAUCAGGGGACAUUUCGUGCAGGCCAGUGGGCACAGAGGACAAUAAUACAUGAAGGCCUUCAACAUGGAUCUCAGAUACUUUUCAUUACAAUGGCUCUACAGUACUCUUGGGGAGUGAUUGUUUUAAAUCCUAAUGAGAAUUUUGUAGAUCUGAAAAUAGAACCAGAAUGUUUAAGUCUUUUGGAGAAUGAGGCUAUUUGUCCUUUAAAUUUAUCAUGGGCAGUCCCAAAGAGAAACAGCAGUAACCCCGAAGAACAUACGACCUAUGUUUGGGAUCACUUCAUUUCAAAGACUGCAUCUAGAAAUGUAGCCUUCAUUGCCCACGGCUAUGGGGGAUUGAUUUUUAUCAACUUACUCAUGCAAAGAACUUUGGAAGUGAUGAACAAAGUGUAUGCUGUUGCACUUAUUGACUCUAAGCAUCACAUGAAACAUCAGACACAAGGCAAUUUUGAGGUAGAAACAUGGAUAUGUAAGCACUGUCAAGAGUGGGUAUCAAAUAGUAAGCCUAUAGAUAGGUCAGUAGGCUACCUUGUGAAAAUGGAUUGUCCUAUAGUCUCCACCGGAUCUGAAAAGUACAGUAUGGCUCCAUCCUCUAGCCUGCAGUCCAUCUUCAAAUAUCUAAAGAGUGCACUGAAAGCUAGUAUUAAAGACAAUUUCAGUCGAUCACCUAUUGCAACAAGGAGCAAAAAUGCCAUGAAAAAAAAUUAAUAUGUUUCUCAUAGUUUCUUCUGUCAGAAAAAAAAUGUACUUAAUGCAAAUGCCUAGGCACACUCUUGAGGUAAACUAUUUUAUAUAAUAGAUUAUUUCUUCACUUUUGGCUGAAGCUGUUAUCAUUAUGUUAUGUAAGGUGCAAGUUUGAAUUCGAUGGUUAGGCUUUAUUUUAGUUUUUGAAAGGAUACUUUGUACAAAUUUGUAAUUUAGUGACAGUUUUUUCUUUCAAUGUCUUACAAAUAAAUUCUUUGAUAAAGCUUUUUAAAAACUCAUUUAAUCCGAACUAUCAGUAAAACCAUGAAAAUGUAAAUAAGAUAAACAUAUAUCAGAAAUAGGUUUAAAAUCUUGUUUAAAAUAUUAGUCAAUUACCUGUACUUCAGAUUAGCAUAAUUUUGAAUGUUUUAAACCUCACAUUUAUAGUAUAUCUAUUCAAAUCAGCAGAGAAAUGUUCAACAUUUCACAAAAAUUACUGUUUAAAAUUGUAUUUAUCUGAUAGUACCACAUCAAAUUAGAUUGAUCUUAUCUACUGUUAAUAUUAAGACUUUUUUUAAAAAUUACUUUUAAAAAAUCCGUUUUCUCUCGAUUAUUAUCUACAUUUUCAGUUCCAUUUUACUUGAAUAGUGUACUUUUUAAAUGGUUCAGAUUGAAUUUAAAUUACAAUUUCAGUCAUGAGCCAACAUCAAAACAAAGUAACAUAUUAAAAUAAACAUAAAUCUCAUAUAAAAAUUUCAACUUUCAAAAAAGUAUGAAAAACCAGGUUGAAAAGAUGGGACAUUAUAGUGUUUUUACAGGACUGUAAAAAAUGUAGACUGAAUAUCUACAGAAAAUGCAUUCUACAACUUAAAGAUGACAGAAUCCCAAUUCAUCACCAGGUGAUUGGUAUAUUGAAAAAUGAACUGACAAUCUUAGAAGCAAGAAUCAUACAUACACUCAGACAACUUGAGCCUAGAUGAUUUAGGGUUACUGGUGAUAAUCAGCAUGUUAUAUGUCCUCUAGAAACUGGCAGACAGUGCAGCCAAUUCCCAGAGGAACAGACAUAAAUGCUACCUCCAAAUAGUCUUUGAACAAUCUUCUGCUGCAUUUUGAACAUGCAGAAGUUUCUGAGCUACUAUAAAGCAGUCCAAUAUAGAAUACAUUGAAGCAGUGUAGUCUGAAAGUUACCAGAUAUGCUACAGUGUGAUUUUAUUUUCAAGGAACAGAUAGAGCUGCUUUUUUUGGUUAGUGAAAAGCACUAUUGGUCAAAGCUUUAACCUGAGGAAACAGGAUGUGACCAGGAUCUAGGAGGGUUCUCAAACUGUGCUAUUUUUUUUUUCUGGACAAUACAGCCCUGUCCUGGAGUUAAAAGUGUGUUAUGGUUUUGAUUGAUAGUAUAGUUGGUUUAUGUUAGUUAGAUUAUGUUUGUUUAUUUUAUUUUUUACCCUGUAGUCAGCUCUGGGA